AUGGAAGAAGGAAAACGACAGGACCUGGUCCCAGCAUCCCGUUUUACUUCACAUUCACAGAUGUGUGGUAAACUGGACCCCACUUUUGCCAGUGCUACCCUGCUCUUUCAGAAGGACCCUCCAGCUAAUGUCCAGCUUUUCCAAGAGGUGCCCAAGGGUCAGUCUGAGGAAGACAUGGUGGGCCGGCCCCUGCCUCACCUGGCAGCAAACAUGCAGGCAUCUGGGGAGGCUGUGUACUGUGAUGACAUUCCCCGCUAUGAGAAUGAGCUCUCCCUCAGGCUGGUCACCAGCACCAGGGCCCAUGCUAAAAUCACGUCCAUCGACACUUCAGAAGCCAAGAAGGUGCCAGGGUUUGUUUGCUUUCUCACCUCAGAGGACAUCCCUAAUAGUAACGUAACUGGGGUUUUCAACGAUGAAACUGUCUUUGCAGAGGAUGAGGUUACUUGUGUUGGGCACAUCAUUGGGGCUGUGGUCGCAGACACCCCAGAACAUGCACAGAGAGCCGCUAGAGGGGUAAAAAUCACCUAUGAAGAUCUUCCGGCCAUUAUCACAAUCCAGGAUGCUAUAAAGAACAACUCCUUUUAUGGUCCUGAGAUAAAAAUCGAGAAAGGAGAUCUUAAGAGAGGCUUUUCUGAAGCUGACAAUGUUGUCUCAG